AUGAUUAUCCUCACAAUAUUAAUGAGUGUUGGUGCAUAUUAUAUGCCAUCCCCAAGGCAUGCAUUCAUAAUUACUACUAGAACGCUCUCACCAUAUCGCCUAGAUUCAUUUCCGUUCUCGCAGGUAGGGCCUUAUAAGACAUCUACAGACCCGAUCCUUUAUUCAAGGCCAUCAAGGUUUGAAACGGAAACAUCCACUGAAGUUGGAGAAAGAAAAAACAGCGUAUCUGAAGAGAAAAAAGAGGGCAUCAAGAGCGGUCUUUCAAGCAUUAUAUCUACAAGUAUGCUCUGCAAGCUCUUUUUCUACACUGUGAUGGUUGUCCUAAUCUUUUUCAUGGGGUAUCAAACAAGAAAAUGCCAUGAAGGAGGGUCUUACGUAAGGCUCCCAACGUCUUCGAAUAGCUGA